GCCAUUGCCUUCACCAUCUGUCAAACUCGUCAAAAUUCCAGUUCGAAAUGUUUUUGAGAAUAAUUAUGAUCAGCAGAUUGUGUUGGGAAAUUCUAGAUGAGAACACUAUAUUGAAGAGCGAAUGUAGCAACUUGAACCUUCUGAGGAGAUACAUAAGGAAGUUGUACAGAGGUAUCAAACUGCGACACUACGAGAUCUACUUCAGAUACUCUCUGACCAAGUUCAUGAAAAUUUUCGACCAAUACUCUUACAAGAUAUUCUACAAUAUGGACUCAACUCAUAUCAUCUAUAUGUAUCUUUUAGAUUGCGAUUCUUACAUACCAGGUACGAGGCAAUUCUUGAACUGCUUAGAGACCAAGAAGAUGCUGCAAGAAGAAUUUGAGAAGAGAAGUAAGUACGACGUGGAAAUGAAAGAACCAGACAUAAAAUGCAUGGAAGAGGAGGGAGAAUUACCUAAGGAAAAAACUCCUACGAUAGCAGAAAUUAUAAAUUAUGCAACGAGGCACAUGGAUCAUGAAGAAUGUUUCAAUACUGACAUGUUGUUACAACAUAAGAUGAUUUCCACCCUGAAGAAAGGAUUCGAUCUAGAGAAGGACUCGCUCAUCAAUUUUCCUUCGUCCGACAUAAACUUCGAAAAGUUGAAAAAUCAAGGGGAAAAGAAGGACAAAAAUAAGAAGGAUAAGGAGAGAACAAGCAAAAUUUAAAACCCCGCAAAAUCAGGUCCAAGAGGACGACACGACGUGUCACCUUCUCGUUGAUGACAUCUACUGCACUGGAGGCAUCUUUACGCUGGGUGGUUGCGGAAAUAAGAGCCUCCCCUUCGAUACUGCCUGGCAGCAAAGGGCCCCCACGAUGAAGGGGGACCUACUGGGCGACUGCCCGGUGAAGAACCAGAACGACAUAUAUUUCCUGGAGACCAACAUCAAAUCAGAGAGUUCAAAUCUAGCCAAUCUUUUUGCUCCAACAAAUGAUACGAGGGCGACGGAAAUGUUCAAAUAUAAGCCACGACCAAAAUUAAAACAGAAGAUGUAUCCUACUCUAGAGUUUUUCGUACAGAACAAAUCGACGAGCGACAGUCAAACGAACGAACCAAAAAGCAGAAGCGAUUCCUGCAACGAAAAGACCCCCAAGGAAGAUCAGGAGCCCGGUCCUAGCGCUUCCAGCCCCUCCGAGAGCAGGAGGAACAGCCUGGACCUCUACAGGGAGGCAGCUUCCAUACUGGGAUUGACCUGUCAACUGACUGACGAUUGCGAUUGCCUGGAGUGUCAGUGUCACUAUUUCGACUUCGACGAAGACGUCGACUUCUCAGCGACCGGUGGAGAGUACCUGAUCACCUCGGGGGUGUCGGGGACGUCGUCCACUUGCUGCAUCCAAUAACCGCCGACGUCACGUGAUUGCGAGCGCACGAACACUUGCCACACCUCGACCGGAGUGAUUAUAACCUUUUUCCGCUGUCUGAUUUCAUGUGAUAUGUCGUUUUUCCGGAGCCUACUUGUACCUUUCCGAACGAAAAUAUAUGAUCGAACUUUGGUCGGA